UCCUCCGCCGCCUUUUCCCCACCGCCGCCGCCCGCCCGGCGCAGCCCAACGGAGCUCGGGGCGCCGGCGCCCCGGCCAUGGCCGUGCCCGCCGCGCUGCUCAGCCCCCAUCACCUCCUCUCCUUCUGCUUCCCCGCCGCCGGCGGCCUGCUGGGCUAUGCCGACCUGGAGAAGGGCUACGAGGGCGGCGGCGACGCCGCCGGGGACUUUAAAGAAGCCACCAGGGACCUGCUGAGCUUCAUCGACUCUGCCUCCAGCAACAUCAAGCUGGCGCUGGACAAGCCGGUGAAGUCCAAGCGGAAGGUGAACCACCGCAAGUACCUGCAGAAGCAGAUCAAGCGCUGCACCGGCAUCAUCGCCGCCGCCCCGCCGCCGCCUCCCGCUCCUCCAGCGCCCUCCGCUUCCUCCCCGCCCGCUUCAUGCCCCGCUAAGCCCCCGCCGCGCCGGGAGGGCUCGCAGGGAGCCAGCAGCCUCCAGAGCAAGAGCCUGGCCGCGCUCUUCGGGUCGCUGCAGCACGGCCCCGGGCCGGCGGGCGGCGGGGAUGCGGCGGGAGGCGGCGGCGGGGCUGCGGGAGGCGGCCCGCGGAAGGUGCCGCUGCGGGACCGCAACCUGCCCCCUUCCUUCUUCACCGAGCCGGCGCUGCCCGCCGCCGCCCGCGGGCCAAUACCGGGCGCUAAGGAGCCGGAGAAGGGCGGCGGGGAUGCGGUUGAGUUCUUGGAGCUGCUCGGCCCCGAGUACAGCGCGCUGCUGCCCGAGCACGCCGCCCCGCAGGACGCCUUCCCCGGCGGCGCGGCCGCCCGCCUGCCCGCCGAGCUGGGCCUGGAGCACGGCCUCUACGACGCGGCGCUGCCGCUGCCCAGCGCCCAUCACCCGCUGCUGGGCGGGCUGCUCUACCCCGAGCCCUGGAGCACGCCCGGGCCGUGCAGCCCCGGCAAGAAAGCGCCGUCGGAAGCGCUGCGCCCGCUGUACCCCGGUGGCGGGGAGCCGGCCCCCGGCGGCGGCAGCGAGGAGCCCGGCGGGCACCUUCCGGCGGGGUUCGCUUCCUUCUUCCCCGAGUGCCCGCUGCCCCCGCCGCAGGUGCCCUAUGAGUACAGCGCCGGCUUCCACCGCGCCGCCUUCCCCGGGCUGUAGGGCCGCGAUGGGGGACGCGGGGGGACGUGGGUCCCGACCCUG